AUGUCGGUACAGCGAACGCCCCCUAAGUCGCCUACCACAUCUAAUAUACUGCAUACCCAAUCGGAAUCGGAUCUGAAUUCUUUGCACUUUGGCGACACUACCUUUGUAAAUGUAAAUCGGGUUAAGCGCCCGCGCCAUAGUCAAUCGCCGGGAGGUGAAGAUCAAGAUCUGAAGCAUGAAGUUUUGGAGCUGUUGAGCGGUUGGAAAUCUGAACUUGAUGCAAAAUUAAAUGACAUGUGUGUCAAGCAGAAUUCGCUUAUCGCUCAACUCGCCACAGAAAUCUCGGAGCUAAAAACACAAACCUUUAAGAUUAAAGAAUCGAACGCCGAAAUAGCUACCUCAAUGACCUUCAUUAAUAAGCAAUACGAGGAUAUAAAGUCUGGUUUAGAUUCCUUACAAAAAGAAAAACAAGAACAACGGAAAUGCUUGGAGAAACUAGAACGGAAAAUCCAAGACUUACAAUUGAAAUCGCGAACGUCUAGCAUUGAAGUAAGAAAUGUCCCCCCGAAAGAUAAAGAAAAUAGCGAUGACCUCACAAACACUAUCAACAGGAUUGGACAGGCUGUUGGAAUUAAAAUCUCUGACACGGAUUUAAGAGACAUUUAUCGCUUGCCAGGCAAAGAUGGCUCAACCCGUCCGAUUGUCGUCGAGUUCCAGACCGUCCAAAUGAAGUCGAAUACCUUGACCGCUAUUCGAGAAUUUAACAAUAAACACAAAACCGUGGAAGAUAAACUCAACACAGCGCUGAUUGACAUCCCCGGGAAACGACAACCAGUGUUUGUUGCAGACUAUUUACCCAUGAGCUCUAAGAAACUGUUUCACGCAACCAGAGAAUUCGCCAAACUUAACAAAUUUAAAUUCUGCUGGACCUCCAACGGAAAUAUCUUCCUUCGCAAAGAACAGGGGGAUAAACAAAUACUAAUUUCCUCAGAACAAUGUCUCAUGGAUCUGAAGAAGAACUUGUGA